AUGUCAUCCUCUCGCGGUGCAUCGUCAUCAGUGCCUGUACCUAAUACCGCGAAAUUACGAGACAAUCCCAUCCAAUCCCCCAGAGAACGGAUCGAUGACAUUCUAGAUACAGCACGAACGCGGAAGCUCACUAUGGACUCCGCGAACAACUCGGGCACGAACAGUCCGCGACGGAGGAACAAUGGCGAUGCUACAGCGGGGAACGAGAGCAGUGCUGAUGAGGAAACGAGUAUCUUCGGGCACAACGGGAGGCAGAAUGUGAACUACCAGAGCACGCAGCGGACGGAUCCCAAGAUCGUGCAGGAACAGCCUAGCACGGGCAGCAUAAGAAGGUCAGGGAGAGUACCGACACAGGAUCAGGAGACACCGCACAACGAGGAUGAUGAGGACGAGAGCUUUUGGAGGAGGGUAAUAUCAAAGUACGGGUCCAUAGAGCUGGAAAAUAAAGGCAGUGUCGCCAGGGACCAUCUAGCCCUAGAACGAACCUUCCUUGCUUGGCUUCGAACCUCCCUAGCUUUUGCUUCGAUAGGCAUAGCAAUUACGCAACUCUUCCGUCUCAACACCACCUCAGCAGCAGCAGGCUCUGACGCGGAUCCAUAUCAGCAUCUGCGGCAGAUGGGAAAGCCGCUGGGGGCGACGUUUCUUGCUAUCAGUAUAGUGAUGUUGUUUGUAGGGUUCCACCGCUAUUUUGAAUCGCAGCAUUGGAUAAUCCGUGGGAAGUUCCCGGCCAGUAGGGGGAGCAUAGCGUUGGUUGCAUUUAUUACUUUUGCGCUCAUGAUAACGAGCUUAGUCGUUGUAGUCGUUGUUGGGCCGAGGGCAUUUGAGAAGAGGUGA